AUGGCCAUCUGCAAGUAUCAUGCUCGCGGCGUUUGCAUCCGUGGAGACCUAUGCAAAUUCGAACACGACAGCAACAAAGAACCUCAGGCGGGGCAUCAAGCAAGACCCUCACAAUCAUUCAAUUUGCGCGCAGAGGCGAAAGAGUUUCUCCCUCACGUUACUCUUGAAUGCCUCUUCUUUCAGAGCGGAUCCUGCAGAAAUGGAGAUGCCUGCCGCUUCCAACAUAGUUCGCCAGGCUCUACUGACUCAAAUGUGACGACCUCUGCAUCUCGGACUAGAGCCUCUCCAAACGGAACGGGACAUGACAAUCCCCCAAUUCCUCCAUCAGACAUCCAGCUACGAUCUAAAGGAGCUGUCGUCCGAUUUGGUCCCGAUGGUCUAGUCCAAAAUCUCCAAUUUCCUGCCCAUGAACGCUCGGUGGCUCAAAAAAUCAAGAACGGCCUGCCAACGCCUAAGGUCAAGAUACGUACAGUCUGCUGUUCAUGGUUCAAUCCCUCAAAGAUUGCGUAUCUGCACUACAAAAGCCGCAAAUGGGCGAACUCUGCUAUGCGACGGUUUGAGAGGAAGUUCCAGGGUCGCCGCAUACAAUGCAAACUGAAACCACCACCACCACACCAUGGCAGCAAGAUCUCGAUAUGGUCAGUGCAAUUGAGUAAUGUCCCUGCAGAUGCCACAGAGAAUGAGCUGAAAGUGGUGUUGAAAGGUCUUCCACCAGACAAUAUUGUCUUUGGCAAAUCAACUUGCAGCAGAAAGCCAGACGAGGCACUCAACUUCGUCAAAGAUCUGCUUUGCCCAUCAGGCCAGCAGCUGGAGACUUUUGAAAGCGCACAAUCAGCCAGCGGUGCGAAGACGAAAGUGUUUGCCUGUUUCAAGACCCUCUCGGAUGUGGAGACGGCGGUUGGUAUAUCGGGAACAUACAGUUCUCACUUAGGCUCUAGGAUCUAUGUGGAACAAAUGUUCAUCGUGAAGAUUCCUACCCUGGCCGACAUCUACUCUGUAUUGGAAGAUCAAGUCCAAGAACUCCAGGUGAAGAACUCGACAACUGCGCGCAUUUCAGUCCUCCGUGAUGAACCUCAUAAGCCCGUCAGCAUUCGAAUCCACGGCCACACGCCGAUGCCGGUUGCUAAGGCAAAAACCGAGGUCGAGCGAUUGUUGAAGGGCACAGUCGUGCUCAAAGACAACCAGGGCGUGCUAUGGGAUGACUACUAUGCUACUACCGCAGGCUUUUCGUACCUGCGAAGUCUGAGUCAGCCUGGGAAGGUCCUGGUCUACAGAGAUCUGCGCAGAAGACAACUUGUGCUGCACGGCUGCUCGACACUCUUCGCUUCUGUCAGGUGUGCUGUUGUGAAAGAUUUCCGGCAGCGACGAGAGUCACUACACUUCAUUUCGUUGGAAGGAGAUCUCUGGUCAAAGGCCCUCCUAAGUGGCUUUCGCCGGGUUACAGAUAGCUUGGGAAAGCAGAAGGCCAAGUUAGACGUUACGAGAACGCCGCGUCUCGUCACCAUCACUGGCAGUGCUGAAGACGCUCGGUUAGCUAGGAAGCUUCUUGACUCCAGCUCCGAGCAUUGUGAGCAAGAGACCGACGACAAGCGCAGAGAAUGCCCUGUCUGCUUCCACGACGCCGAAGAUCCGGUGGAACUGUCCUGUGGGCACUUUUACUGUCAAGGCUGCUUCGAGGACCAGUGUCGUACAAUCAAGGACGGCACGAUUCCCAUCACUUGCCACGGCAACGGAGGUAGCUGCGAGAAGGUUGUCACGCUGGACGAGAUCCGGAAAUUGCUUCCUCAUGAGCAAUUUGAAGCUCUUCUAGCGGCAUCGUUCGAUGUUUACAUACGGCGACAUUCAGACGAGCUCGACUACUGCCCUACCCCGGACUGUGACACCGUCUUCAGAACCACCGAAGAAGCCCUUGUUGUUCCCUGCGAAAACUGCCUUGCCUCCAUAUGUACGAAAUGCCACGCCAUAAGUCACGAAGGGUGGCCGUGCUCGGUCAACGACUAUGAAAAGAGCGGCGACGCUGAGAGAGACCAGCAGUGGAUGGACGAACACAAUAUCAAGAGGUGUCCGAAGUGCAAGACUGCCAUCGAGAAGAACGGUGGCUGCAACCAUGUCAUCUGCAGUGCCUGUCGCCAGGAUAUCUGCUGGGUCUGCGCCGCGACAUUCGAUGACGAACGGGAUUGCUAUCGUCAUCUGCGCGAGGUACAUGGCAGUAUCGGCGGGGAGUGGGCACACUUGGACGCGCAAUAGCUUGAACCUUGCCCCCCAAGACCAUGUUCCUUGGGUCUGAGUGAAGCAUGGAAAAGCACUCAUGUAAGGAUGGUUCUGGUAUGACUCACUGUUGCACCCGCACAAAACUUCGGCUUGUGUCAAAUGAGAAACUGAUCGAAAGAGAUGAUACCGAAUGACGAGAAUUCGGCAUGAGAAAACAAAAGGUCUCCAUUCGCUACGAGUCAAUUAAUUAUGUACUGAGGAUGAGAUGCCGAGUUCAGCGUACACGAGACUGGCCAUGGACAAUUGCAAAUGGAAC